AUGGCAGAAUUACUGCAGACCCUACAUGAGCAGUACCGCACCGAGCACUAUGGCCCAUUUCACACAAGAGAGUGCUACCCAUGGGAGUAUGACGCAGAAGCUCAACAAUGCUUAGAGAGAGGCAAUAAACCAUCCUAUUUCGUCACCGAAGAAGACUGCAAGUUCUUUCAACAACAGGCCAAAAUCCUUCAAGACCGAGCGGCCUACAUACGUCAAGAAUGGGCUAGACAAGAGGCUACCUUACAGCCAAGCACUAAGCCUGUCACUCAGCCAGUCACUCAGUCAACCACUCAGCUGGCCACUCAGCAAGCCACUCAGCCAGAGCACUCAGUUGAGCAAGAGGAGGAACUACAACAGGCAAAUGCGGAGAACACUGCGGAGAAACCAAGCGACAACGAGGCCACCAUCAUCAAGAACAUGGCUCUACUCUCCACGAUCUCACACCAGUCCAAUCAGCCAGUGCAAGAGGAGGAACCAAUACUACAGGCAAAUGCGGAGAACACUGCGGAGAAACCAAGCGACAACAAGGCCACCAUCAUCAAGAACACGGCUCAGCUCUCCAAGAUCCCACGUCAUAUGCUCUCCACGGUUCCACGUCAAAUCAUCACUCAGCAAGCGGAGAACACCACUGCAACUUGGCCUGUCAUCCCCACUGCAUUGAUAUGGUAUAUCACUGCAAUGACGUCACAAGAGGAGGAUCUACUACGACGAUUACAGCCAAUUGGGCCUCUGCAGGAGGAACAUCGGACGAUGCAUAUUUGGACGAAUUGA